AUGCCUCCAAGAAAGAGAAAGACCGUUGAUGAACAACAAGUAGUCGUUGAGGAAUCCCCCAAGUACGUGGCAGGGAAAGUUCCUAGAACUCAAGGUAGACAGCCGGAAGUCGAUUAUUCACAACCAUUAGAUCCUAGGUCUGAGCUGUUUGUAGAUCAUUGGAGUGUUCCUAAAUUCAAUAGAUUUGUUACUUUCACGUUGGAUCAGCUCUCAGAGACGUAUAAAGGUGUGUUCAAAGAUUUUAUCAAAUUGCCAAGUAGAAAAUUCCAUCCACAGUAUUAUUACAAAAUCCAGCAACCUAUUUCGAUCAAUGAAAUUAAAUCCAGAGAUUAUGAAUAUCAAGACGGUCCACACAAUUUCCUUUUAGAUGUCGAGCUGCUAGCCAAAAAUUGUCUCUCUUACAACGAAUCUGAUAGUUUAAUUGUGAAAAAUGCUUUCCAAAUGAUAAAUUUUGUCAAGUAUGAGACAUUAAAGGCAAAAAAUGUGAAAAGAAACUAUAUGAUGCAUGACGAGAUUAAGACGAGAUUAAUUAGAUAUCUGGAGAGAGUUAUUAAUGCUACGGAAAAGAUUGUAAAUGAUGAACUUGGCCGUCCAAAGAGAGAAGGUCUAGAUGAUGAAAUUAAACUAAGUGAUCCCUUCAUGGAAUUUGUGGAUAAAGAUGAACUGCCAGAGUACUAUGAAGUUAUUCAUAGGCCCUCUGCUAUCUCUGAAGUUAAAAAGAACUUAGAUUUAAGUUACUAUCCCAAGAUUUAUGAUUUCAUCAUCGAUAUGCAUUUAGUUUUCCAAAAUGCUCUAAUCUUUAAUGAUUCAACGUCGUUAAUCUAUGAAAGUGCCUUGAAUCUAUUAGAAUAUUUUGACCAUUUGAUUUUAGAUGAAUUUUUCCCUGAACUAAAAGAUUUAAGCGAACGUGGUGAAUUGAAAUUAGAAGUUGAUCAAUUCGAAUACGAAAAAUAUCUGGGAUCUUCAACACAGCCAAAUCAAAUUGUACUUCCUGAUGACGAUGAGGAUGAUGAUGCAUAUAAUAAUAUUGAGGGUCUCGGUAAUGGAUAUACACGUUCAUUGCUGACAGAGGAUUACCUCUUGGGACCAACAACCAACAAUGAGCCACAACUAAAGAAGUCAAGAAUAUAUUCCAUUGGAGCUGAUGAGGAAAGACCAGAGAUUUUGAAAUAUAACAUUGUCAAAUCAAUAAAUAAAGAACCAAUAUCCGAGCAAUUUACAAUGAAAUUCAAACCAUUUAACAUGAUAGAUGAAGUAACAUUGUUUGCUUCUAAAAGUCUAUAUAAUCAAGCAAUAAAUCCAAUGCCAGGUUCAAGACCUGCCUGUACACAAAAUUGGUUAGAAUUUACUUUCAAAGCCAAUGAACUAAAUCAAAAUGAAAAUAUUUUUUCGUUCUCAUUAGAACCAGUACAAACGUUUCUAACGUUGGUAGCAAACGUGAAAGAUCCAAAAUUAAAGUCAUCGUUAACUUUGAACAGAGAAAGUGUUAAACCAAGAGAUGAUGUCAAACCAAAAGUGAUAAAACCUGAAAAUGAAGAUGCAAAACCAGAUUUGGAGGAAGUCGACAAUGAUCCAAUUACCAAAUUUGAUAUUAGAUUGAAUGAAGGCCUCAAUUAUCUAGAAUACAAAUGCGAAAUGGAAAAUGCUGAAGAGAGCGAAUUAUUGAGGUUCUGGAUUAAUGUACUACCAUGA